UUCCCUUCUAAGCUUUUUUUUUCUCUCUCUUUAUUAAAAACUCCUUUUGAUUCAAGAAACUGUUCUUGCAUGCAUUCUUAGCCAAUUUCAUUCUAACCCAUCACCAACCCUCACAACCUUAUUUUAAUUUCUUUCAUCUAUUUAUGAGUAGCAGUACUAUAAGCAUGGUGGGGCUGGGAUAGCUCUGUCUAUCGCUCUCACACACACACACAAAGAUACACAGUGCAACGCCUUGAGCUGUGACUGGAGAGAGUGUAGCGACACACAAAAACCAUGGCCGGUGCCACAAAUUGGCUUACGUUUUCGUUGACUCCCAUGGAAAUGCUCAGAUCCCCGGACUCUUCCUCUCACUGCAUGCUCGAUAAUUUUUAUGCCACCAAUGGGUGGACAAAUUCCAAGGGAUUAAUGGAUUCUGAGAGUGAAAACCAGCCACUCGUGGUGCCGAAAGUGGAGGAUUUUUUGGAGAACCAAACGGAGACUCAACAAGACGAUUCUUCGCUGACCCAAAUUUACGACCAUGGCUCUGCCGCUGUUUACUUCGGCGACCAGCAAGAUCUGAACGCCAUUCCAGGGUUUCAACCAUUCUCAGGUACCAACUCGAGCCCCGAGUUGGAUGACUCAGCCUCAGACAAGACCACUCGGGUUGCACCAGCUGAGUUAGGUGCCCACUCAGGAGAGUCUAGCAAAGGAGCUUUGUCUUUAUGUGAUGCUGCUGCACAUGAGAAAGCCAUCAUUGCGGUGGAGUUUGCUACACCUAAGAAGGUUUCUCAGACCAUUGGCCAGAGAACUUCAAUAUACAGAGGGGUCACAAGACACCGAUGGACGGGUAGAUAUGAAGCGCAUCUAUGGGAUAACAGCUGUAGACGAGAGGGUCAGGCCAGGAAGGGGCGUCAAGUGUACUUGGGUGGAUAUGACAAGGAAGAAAAGGCUGCGAGAGCGUAUGAUUUAGCAGCUAUCAAGUACUGGGGACCAACAGCAACCACCAACUUUCCUAUUUCCAAUUAUACAAAGGAAUUGGAGGAGAUGAAACAUGCAGGAAAGCAAGAAUUCAUUGCAUCACUGCGAAGGAAAAGUAGUGGAUUUUCAAGGGGAGCUUCUGCAUACAGGGGUGUUACGAGGCAUCAUCAACAAGGUAGAUGGCAAGCAAGAAUCGGCCGAGUUGCGGGAAACAAGGAUCUAUAUCUGGGAACAUUUGCGACUGAAGAGGAAGCAGCUGAGGCAUAUGAUAUUGCAGCCAUAAAGUUCAGAGGUGCAAGCGCUGUGACCAAUUUUGAGAUGAACAGAUACGAUGUGGAGAAUAUAUUGAAUAGCUCUCUUCCAGUUGGUGGGGUAGCAAAAAGAUUGAAACUUUCCUCCCCAGAAUCGGAGAAGAAAAAUCUUGUUGGUAGUACUAAUGAGCAACCUCAGGGCACAAACGAGAGUAGCACCAUCAAUUUCUCUGCCAUUCAGCCAGUUGCAUCUAUACCUUAUGAUUCUGCAAAUGCGUACCCACAAAACCUUCUCCACCAUUUUCAUCAUUCCAGCGGUGGAAGUAGCUCAGUACAAGAAUCUGCUGCAAUUGUGACCAAUGCAACUUCACUCACCAUCCUUCCACCACCACCAGUUCCUGGGUUCUUUUUAUGGCCUCCUCAGUCCUUUUGAGUUGCUGAAAUCAUGAACUGCCUAAUUUUCUGUUCUUUUAACAAUUCCAAGAUAGUCUUUGGUGCACUUUAACUUGGCAUGCUGGCCCUUUGGCUCAUACCAAAUCCGAGUGAUAGUAACUCUAGGGAGAGGAUCGUGUAAGUAACUUCUCUCAACUCAAAGAUGAGGAACAUUGAGUUGGGCAUUUUCAAGCUUUGAACAAAGCUUUCGAAUUGCUUGAUAACUUGCACCAGAAUAAUAAAUACUUUAUUUUUUCUUCUCCCAA